AUGCCUACCUCAGAAGCGAUAUCUAGGCGAGCCACGGGUAUAUGGCGCUUGAGAGGUAUAGACCAAGACCAGAAUGUCGAAAAGGAGUCAUUAGCUAUUAAGCAACCAACUAUCGCCUCAGAUCCUGCUCUCAACUACGAUCAUGUUGAUGGUAGCUUUGAGUUCGGGGGCAUCCGAGUAAGGCUCGUGACAUACAAGUCAAUACCGGGCGUUAUUCAGAUUAAUGCCUCGAAGACUAUAAGCGAAUGGAAUACAUUACGUAUACUCAAACAUAUUAAUAUUGUCGGCUUUGAUGAUAGCAACCCCAGUAUCAGCCAUUGGCUACCUACUAACGCCGAUGACCACGAGGAUGAUCCCAAAGGACGGUGUGAGCUAUAUAUCUCGAAACCCCUAUUAUCUGUCACCGUUGUAGCAGCGGCAGCCCAAUAUCCAUGGUCUGUCUUAGACGCGCAUAGGAUGUGCAAAGAUUUUCUAGCUGAUUAUAACCUGUCUCGUGGUGAUUUUACCACUGAUUAUGUACUAGUUACUGGAGAAGGAUUUAAGCUUGCAAAUAUUCACCUUUGUGAAGCUGUGAAGGCCAAUACUAAUGUACGAGAUCUUCGGUCAGUUGGACAAAUAUUAAGAGAUGUCUUGAUUGGGAAGAGCCGCGUCCCAGAAAACGUAGAGUGGCUCGACUUCUAUACUAUUAUGAUGGAGGAGAUAGCUUUCAACGCGUAUCGUGAUAUUUUGCCUCGACUGCUCUUUGAAUACUGGCCAAAAAGUAGCGGAGAGUAUGAAACGACAUCUCAGGAUAACAGACUUCGCGGAAUCGCUUAUCUAGUCAGCCAGAGGCAACGAAAUACCUUCCAAUAA